CAGAGCUUUAACCAUAUCCAUUUCCAUGGAAGAUUUGAAGCCACGACCUGCUAAUUCCUCCCCCCUCACUCCCAUCGGCUUCCUUGAGAGAGCCGCCACCAUCUACGCCGACUCUCCGUCAAUCAUCUACGGCAACACCACCUACACCUGGUCCGACACCCACCGUCGAUGCCUUCAACUCGCCUCUUCCCUUUCAUCCAUCGGCAUCCAGAGAGGCCACGUCGUCUCCGUCAUCUCUCCCAACACUCCCCCCAUGUACGAACUCCACUUCGCCGUUCCGAUGACCGGCGCCAUUCUCAACACUAUCAAUACCCGUCUGGAUGCUCGAACCAUCUCCAUCCUCCUCUGCCAUGGCGAAUCAAAACUCAUAUUUGUCGAUCAUGCCUUUUGUAAUCUAAUCCAUAAUGCCUUGGACUUGUUCCCGCCGGAGAUAUACCGUCCAAUGCUCGUCCUCAUUGCCGAUGACGCUGCAGCAGAGGAAUCAUCGUCCUCUGUUUUGAUUGAAGGGAAUUUUGUGGAUUCGUACGAGGGAAUGAUUCGGAAAGGGGAUUCAGAGUUCCAGUGGAUUCGGCCGGCGAGUGAAUGGGAUCCAAUCGUUCUUAAUUACACCUCUGGAACCACUUCCUCGCCGAAGGGAGUGGUUCACUGUCACAGAGGAAGUUUUAUAGUAACUCUGGAUAUGCUUCUGGAAUGGGGAGUUCCAAAGCAAUCGGUUUAUUUAUGGACAUUACCCAUGUUUCAUGCUAAUGGGUGGAGUUUCAGUUGGGGAAUGGCCGCCGUCGGCGGCACAAAUAUAUGCAUUAGAAAAUUCGAUGCGGUAUUGGUUUAUUCCCUAAUUCGCCGCCAUCACGUGACACACUUAUGUGGAGCUCCGGUGGUGUUGAAUAUGUUAACCAACUCUCCAGACAUCCGACCACUUGAUUGGCCGGUUAAAAUUCUCACUGCCGGAGCGCCGGUGCCUGCGACAAUUCUGUUCCGUAUUGAAUCAUUGGGGUUCGAUGUUACUCAUGGAUAUGGCCUGACAGAAACAGGGGGGACUGUUGUUUGUUGCUCGUGGAAGGCAGAGUGGGACCAACUACCGGCGGUGGAGAGGGCGCGGCUUAAGUCGCGGCAGGGGGUGAGGACGGUGGCGACUCCGGCAGUGGAUGUGGUGGAUUUAGAGACUGGGGAGAGUGUGGCAAGAGAUGGAGUAUCGAUGGGAGAGAUUGUUUUGAGAGUUGGGUCGCUGAUGCUUGGGUAUUUUAAAGAUUUAGAAGCGACGGCGAAGUCGAUGACCGAGGAUGGGUGGUUCCUUACCGGAGAUGUUGGAGUGAUGCAUCCUGAUGGGUAUUUGGAGAUUAAGGACCGGUCGAAGGAUGUGAUUAUAAGUGGCGGAGAGAAUUUGAGCAGCGUUGAGGUGGAGUCGGUUUUGUAUGCGAAUCCAUCCGUGAAUGAGGCGGCGGUGGUGGCACGACCACACGAGUUCUGGGGGGAGACGCCGUGUGCGUUUGUGAGCUUGAGAGAGGGAUUGACUCAGCAGCGAACAGAGGAGGAGAUUAUUGAGUAUUGCAGAGGGAAGCUGCCGCGGUUUAUGGCGCCGAAGACGGUGGUGUUCAUGACGGAGCUGCCGAAAACGUCGACCGGCAAGAUCCAAAAGUAUUUACUUAGGGAAAUGGCUAUGUCGAUGGGCCCUACAAAGAGGAGUUCUAAAAAGAAUUAAUCAAAUAUCGUCACAUUUAUAAUAAAU